UUUUAAUAUACAGAUGAUGAGAUACUAUGUUAAAAUGUAGACUUUCUAAAGGUCAGUGCUUAUUUCAUCAAACAGUACUGUUUGCUGGUUCUGAAAAGUUCCCCUAUACACACUGCAAGUCAAACGUUUGGACACACUUUCCCAUGCAUUUACACAAUAUUUUGACUUUUUUUUUAAAUGACGUGAUCACACAAUUGUGCCAUAGUAACGCCACAGUUUUCACUUUUUAUGCUACAAUUAUGAAAUGCUAAAUAAGCAUAAGUGAAGUUAAAUGGACAUGUGGGUUACGUGUCUUUUUUUUUCUGGUGGACUUUUUACAUUCACACCACAGUUCAUGUUGUCAUCAUUACAUCCAGUUCUGUUUCCGGCUGCGAGCAGAAUAAGGAGAGAUGUUGCUUCUGGCCUGAACCCCACCUUCCACAACUCCUUUGAUGAUGUUCAUCUAUUUUUUGAGAUCCUGCUGGCUGCGCGUUUCGAUACGAGUGGAGAGUUUUUAGUCAAAGACGCAGAGUUGAUGUCGCUGAGAAAGACGAGGAAACUGGAGGUCAUCUGUGAGGAGAUCAUUCCGAGGAAGCUAACAGACAUUCUCAGGGUAACGUCUGAACUUUCACAUUAUCAUUGUCGGCUGGAUCAAGAAAACUUUGAGCGCAUUCUGUUGACUAUGAUUUACGCCGCCCAUCAGAUGGUCAACUCGUCCACUGAGUACCAAAGAGAUGUUUGGGCAGAGUCGUUUGUUACCUUGUACAAAGUCAUCAAGCAAGAUUUAACAGGAAUAACGGGACACUGACUCUACAACGGCUGCGCUGAUUUGUGUUUCAUGUGGUGGUUGGCUAUGAAGAUCUUGAGAGAAAAGUCCCAUUUAGAGAUUUUUGAGAACCUGUUGUCCCAAACACUGAUCCUGGAUGGAAACUGCUGAAACGGCAGACAACUGGUCCAUCCCCACAUAUUGAAAAUAAUCUCU